ACGUGUUUCAACCCCCCCCUUUCUCUUCGAGCGGGUUAGGCCGCCGGGCGGACGCAGCCAUGGCGCUCUACAACUUCAAGAAGAUCACGGUGGUCCCGUCCGCCAAGGACUUCAUCGAUCUGACAUUGUCCAAGACGCAACGAAAGACGCCUACAGUUAUUCAUAAACAUUAUCAAAUUCAUCGCAUUCGUCAGUUCUAUAUGAGAAAAGUAAAAUAUACUCAGCAAAAUUACCAUGACAGACUUACCCAGAUCCUAAUGGAUUUCCCAAAGUUAGAUGACAUCCAUCCGUUUUAUGCAGAUUUGAUGAACGUUCUUUAUGACAAAGAUCAUUAUAAGUUGGCUUUGGGACAAAUCAAUAUUGCUAAAAAUCUGAUUGACAACGUUGCCAAAGAUUAUGUACGGCUGAUGAAAUAUGGUGAUUCUCUUUACCGCUGCAAACAGCUGAAGCGAGCAGCACUGGGACGGAUGUGCACGAUAAUCAAAAGACAGAAGCAGAGCCUGGAAUAUUUAGAACAAGUGCGCCAGCAUCUAUCCCGGUUGCCAACCAUUGAUCCUAAUACACGGACUCUUUUAUUGUGUGGGUACCCAAAUGUUGGGAAAUCCAGCUUUAUAAAUAAGGUGACAAGAGCAGAUGUAGAAGUGCAGCCCUAUGCCUUCACCACAAAGUCCCUCUUUGUGGGACACAUGGAUUACAGAUAUCUCCGUUGGCAGGUCGUAGAUACCCCUGGUAUUUUGGAUCACCCCCUGGAAGAAAGAAACACCAUUGAGAUGCAAGCAAUAACAGCACUUGCUCACCUCCGUGCAGCUGUCCUGUAUGUCAUGGACAUAUCUGAACAAUGUGGGCACAGCCUGGAAGCGCAGCUAGAACUCUUUCAGAAUAUUAAGCCACUGUUUGCAAACAAGCCCCUGAUCAUUGUGGCCAAUAAAUGUGAUGUGAAGAGGAUUUCUGAGCUUUCUGAGGAAAAUCAGAAACUGUUUGCUGAUCUAGAAGCAGAUGGUAUUCCAGUAAUAGAGACAAGCACUCUCACUGAAGAAGGCGUGAUUCAAGUUAAAACAGAAGCUUGUGACAGAUUGCUGGCCCAUCGCGUUGAUACUAAAAUGAAAGGAAACAAGGUUAACGAUGUACUGAACAGACUCCAUUUAGCUGUUCCAGCCAAAAGAGAUGACAAGGAAAGGCCACCUUACAUCCCCGAGGGUGCCUUACUGCGCAAAAAACGUAUGGAAGUUGAUGCACCAAAGAAGAAACUGGAGAAAGAACUUGAAAUGGAAAUGGGAGAUGACUACGUUUUGGAUCUCAGGAAAUACUGGGAUCUAAUGAAUCCAUCUGAAAAAUACGAUGUAAUACCAGAGAUCUGGCAAGGACACAAUAUCGCUGAUUAUAUUGACCCAGAUAUCAUGAAGAAACUGGAACAGCUGGAAGAGGAAGAGGAACUAAGGCAAGCGACUGGAGAAUAUGACAGUGACUCGGAAAGUGAAGACGAGGAAAUGAAAGAAAUCAGACAAUUGGCACAACAGAUUCGAGAGAAAAAGAAAUUGAAGAUCUUGGAAUCUAGGGAGAAGGAUACACAGGGACCAAAGAUGCCUAGAACAGCAAGAAAGGUUCAGCGGAAGGCAUUGGAGAAGGAAAUGACUGACCUUGGCUUAGACAUGACAGGCAAAAAUGAUGCUCAUUAUGUUGCCCAAACAAGAAGAUCACGAAGUGUCACCCGCAAACGUAAGCGAGAAGAUUCUGUACCGCCAACUUCUGUAACACGAAGUCGCAGCUCCUCUCGUACACCUCGAGAUGUUUCUGGUCUCCGGGAUAUCCAGAUGGUGAAGAAGACAAAAACCAUGAUGAAGAAAGCUCAGAGGAAAAUGAAUCGGUUGGGCAAGAAAGGCGAGGGAGAUAGGCAUGUCUUUGACCUGAAGCCCAAACAUCUGUUUUCUGGGAAGAGGAAAUCUGGUACAACCCAGCGAAGAUGAGUAGUUGCAAGGAGAUAUUAAAAAUGGCACUGCCUUUUAUUGAUUUACUAAUGUAUAUUAAAUAGUAAGAAAGGAC